GAGUUAGCCCUUUCCUGCAGCUAAUCCCCAACAUCCAACAGGCCCAGUUACCCUGGGAAGUUAACUGGGAUGCUGCCAGGUCCCUCCUGCCAGCCCUGCUAGGUAUCACAGGGCAGGGUCAGGAGUGGGACCUGGGUGGGAGCAAUGCUUCGGUCAUCACUGUGUCCAAUGGGGGACCCUGGGGUGACUGGGCCUGGCCAGAGAUGUGCCCCAAAGGCUCCUAUGCCGGUGGCAUCAGCUUCAAGAUGUAG